AGAUCCUCCUCUACCUCGCCUCCUCUCGGUUACCCUCGCACUAUGGCUCACCUCCUCGCCGCGGCCCUCCUGGCUCUGGCCUCUCGCUCGCUGGCCUUCGACAUGGGCCAGUCCACCCGCUGCGUGACCAUCCCCAACCAGAUGAAGGUGUGCAGAGACGUGGGCUACUCGGAGAUGCGGCUGCCCAACUUCCUGGGCCACAGGAACCUGGAGGGCGAGGUGGUGCCCCGCUCGGAGGCCUGGAGGCCGCUGCUGCAGACGGGCUGCCACCCUCAGGCCCAGGCCUUCCUCUGCUCCAUCAUCGCCCCCGUCUGCCUGGACACGUUUAUCCAGCCCUGCCGCAGCCUGUGCGUGGCGGUGAGGGACAGCUGUGCUCCCGUGCUGGCCUGCCAGGGUCACCCGUGGCCCGAGGCCCUGGACUGUGACCGCUUCCCCGCCGAGGAAGACAUGUGCCUGACCCCGCUCGCCAAGUUCAACCACUUUGCCAAAGACUUACCCAAAGCCGCUUGCCAAACGUGUCCUUCUGUCGAAGAGGCUCCUGCCGUCAAAACGGUCCUGAGUGCCUUUUGCCAUCACGACUUUGCCGUGACUGCUAAAAUCCACCGCCUGCGCCAUCCCACCGGGGAGGCGGAAUUCCAGGUGGAGGGCCGGGUGGAGUUCAUCCGCCAGGGCCCGCUGCUGCCCUACGACACCCGCCAUCUCCUGCAGCAGUGGCUGCUCAUCAACCUGCGGUGCGCCGGCGCCCUGGCGCGUCCCGGCCGCUCCCAGCUCUACGUGCUGACCGGCUCGCUUCGGCCCGACGGCGCCGUCGCCCUGGCCCGCCUCUUCCCCUGGCACAGAAAGGACGCCGGCAUCGCCGUGGCAACCCGCAAAUGGAAGCACCACGCGUGUUAA